CGACUAGGUUAGACGGAACAGCUUAAGAAAAUAACAGUAAAUUUUCGGUGUGUAUGUCCCCCCCGCGUGUGGAAAGCACCUCUCACAUGAUUCUUUGUGAAGAGGGUUUAUAAAUGGACUUCCCCUAUUACGUCACUUCAAUAACAACACACCUAUGACCUAUGACCCCAAAAUAAGGAAGACGCAGUUUUCGUUCAGUGUGUCUCUUGGCGUUGGUUUUGAUCGAGUCGGCGCAGAAGCAGGUGGAACUAAGGCCUAGGUGAAUAAGUGUCAACUGAACUCGACAACGAAGUGGACGCGCCCGACAAUAUGGCGGAGGCGAACCCUGACCCAGAGGCGAACCCUGGUCCGGAGGGGAACCUGGAUCCCGACCCUGAGGAAAAUCCAGACCCUGAAGAAAACUCCGACUAUGAAACGAUUCCAGAAGUGAAGGAGAGUCACUUCGUUCUCGGCCCGAUGAAACUGAGGACAAGUUUUGACAACUUGAAGAGAACCGUGUUCGUUGUAAUGGACCGGGACUUGACAGAUGACGAGGAGACCGCUCAAGUGAUAAUAGGAGAGGACUGUUCCGUUCGUGUGUACGGGUACCCAAAGUCAAGUUCAGCGCUCCCCAGACGGUCUCACCGCGUCAAAGAGGAGUACAUAUCCGAGGAAAACCUACUGUACGACAUGGCCCUGACACCCAGAGUUGUACUUGGCUUGGAGAGUUAUACCUCUAAAAACAAGAGACCGAAGCUGGCCCUUGCCCUUCCUUCAGACUACGGCGGUGCGGGACAAGAAGACUACAUCUUCAAGGCGUACAGCAGAUCUAAGGCGGCUGACGUCACAGUGAUGGAGGCUGUUCUCCGGGAGGGUCCGUUCAGAGACAUGAAGCAGGUGGAUGUCUUUAUUUCUCCCGACCAAGAAAUCCCGUCGGGCCUGGCUUUGAUCAACGUCUUCUCUUCCCACGUGUGUCUAGUCAACAGGCACAGCAAGCGCAAACCAGACACCAAGUACCCUAGGUUUUACAAGUCCAAGAAGAGAAGGAGCACCAUCCCCUGUGCCUACAUAGAAACCAAGCCACUACCACUCGUGGUCACGUACGAGGAGCUGACUCACUUCGACCCGUUGGAGGCCGGCCUUAGGUUUGAGGUAGCCAACAAGAUGCACUUCCUCCGCUGCGACCACGAGAGCGCUCUGGAGGUCAUCCAACACUUCGAGCUGCAUAAGUACGGGGAGAACUGGCCCCCUCUAUACAUCGCUGGGAAUGGACAACAACAAUACGACAAUGAGUCCAUACCUCCGUCGGGAUCUGAGGAAAGUGAUGAGGACGCCGUCUCCGGUGAUAUCCCCAUCUUCCUGCCUUGUCAGUCCCCCGUCACGAGGCAUUCCUGUUCUGAGGAGGCGGCGCACAUCUACCAGAACGAGUUCGUUACACGGAGGUGCGAGGAAGACCCUAAAGAGGGUUUUAUGGCAAACAUUGGCGUCUUUGGCGGGAAACCGACUGUCGGCGGGGACUGGCUCCUUCAGGUAUUCAUCUGUCCACUAAGGAAGUCACAGGAAGAAAUCAUGAGAGACUUCGCCAGACAGCAGCAGGAGGUGGUGUGCACGCUGAGAGCCUUCCAGGUCGUGCGGGACCUCUCAGUGUCUAUCGACCUCAGGGAGGGGUGGAACCAUGAAGGCGACAAAAUGAUGGAAGUGUCCAAGGAGGAGCUCCGUGGAGCGUUGAACGGGUCCUCACAGUUUCUGCACGACAUCUGCCUCCAGCACGAGGACACCUCACAGACCCGGUUCCGCGGCUCCAUCGUCAUCAGACAGGGCAUGGAGAAGACUCUGACUCUCAGGAUUCUCACAGACUACGAGCAGAAUCCAGAAAGUUUCCUCCGAGACGACCCAGGCCCGGAGCCGGCUUGUGGUGUCGUUCCUGCCGAGGAGACCCCUGACAACGACCGGGCUGACAAGUCCUGGCCGCUGGCCUACUCCAAGAGCAGACGGAUGUGCGAGCUGUUGGACGUGGAAUGCAUCUACGGGAACGACUGGAGGCUCUUUGCUGAGAAGAUAGGACUGGACUGUCAGACCCUGCCGGUGAUUGCCUCCAGAAGAGCGGGCUCUCCGACCGAGCACGUGUUGACACUGUGGCGGCAGGGCCACACGGACAGGCCGUACGACAAGAAGACUCUGGUCGAGAUCCUGCAGGAGAUGGGCAGACCAGACGUCAUCCAGGACUUACAGCUCAUAGCCCCGUUCUUGAGGAGAUUCAUGGUGUUGACAGUCACGGACGAGUCCAUCCAAGUGGGGUGGGAGGCAGGUAGCCCGGACCUGACGCACUGUAACCUGUACAUCAACCGCACUGCCAGGAUGGACGUCCUGCUUCGCAAGAAAUACACGGUGAAAGUCGAAGAGAAAUCCUUCACGUUUAGAGAACUGCAGCCUGGAACACAGUACACGAUCUGUAUUGAACCCUUGGUGCAGUUGGUGCGUGGAGAACGUAGUUCAAUCGUCCAGAGGACUCGACAGAAAGACAGGGUGGCUAUACCGACCGAGAAUUAACCAUCCCAUGCCGUAUCUAGCAUAUGUGCUCAUUUGCAUAACUCCACUGAUUGGUUAUCCUGUAGAAUUGAGUUAAUUGACCACCUGGCUGUGGUGUGCGACGACAGGUGUACGGUGUGAAUACUAGUAGUUUUCUUCCUUGAAUAUUUCGGCUUCCUUGAACCCCUCCAAAACGACCACCUGUCAAAAACUACCGCUUUUCCAAGGGUGGUCGUUUUGUGUAGUUUUGAUCAUUGUAUAUCAAUCUAUAACAAUGUUCGUUGAAUAUAAAUGCAACAUAAAAUAUAUUUUGAGGUUUUGGAUUAGCAGACUUUUGUCCUUAAUGUUGUGUAAUCAUAGUCGUCUUAAGUGUGUCUAUUCUGCUUGUUGUUUUCUUUAUGUCUUUAAUUGUCUUUUUGUCACAUUUCUGAAGAAUGUUGCAGCAACUGUGUACCAAAAUGUGCUGCAAAUACAUCAGUUUAUCAUUCCAACUCAAGUUGUAUUACGUACUGUGUUAAAAUAGGCUGAUGUGUCGAAGAAUGUCUGAACGUUAGAACCAGUAGUGUAAGUCAUCAGUUAAACUCCACAUGCAUGUUUGUUCAUAUAACGUUACUUGUACGUACUAGGUUCAGUUUGAAUCUACUCGCUUGCGUGUAACGUUAUUGUUGUAACGUUAGACCUUACAAAAUAUGAUGUACUUUUGUUGUUUGAAUAAAGGUUUGUUAAACCUGGU